GCGUAGCUGGGGGCGCGCUCAGCUAACGGCUAACAUAGCUACCUAGCUUUAUACAAAGAGGGAAGCCUGGACAAUUCACAACACACAGGAAACAGAGUAAUCUACACCGGUGCAAAAAGGAAACUGAUCUGAUCUGAUCUGAUCUAAUCACACACGGCAAAGGAACCUAGAUCCCAGACAAACAUGUUCAGUGUGUUGUAGUCAUUCAAAUCACUACAACAGCAUCCAAGGCACAGCGCUUUCUACACUCUAAGCAAAAAUGGAAACAGAGGCAGGGGUAAUUCCUAUUUGGCAAAAUAAACCACAUGGAUCAACUCGUAGUGUGGUGAGGCGAAUCGGCUCUACGCUGCCUCUUAAACCUUGCACUAGGGCAUGUUUCCAGGAGCUCCCAGGCCUCCCCCCAAUGCGCUCAAUGGAUGGGCCACUGGUGCCCACACUGGCAGAUAUCGCCUGGAUUGCAGAUGAUGAGGAGGAGACAUACGCCAGAGUUAGGAGUGACACACGCCCCCUGAGGCAUGAGUGGAGGCCAACACCCCUGCUGGUUAUGCAUAGGAACUCAUCUGUGCCCAACUUCAGACGAGAGGGCAGGCGGGUCGAGGCUCUGAGAAAACCAGGCGUAACAGCUAUGAACCGAACCACAGCUUUACAGGAUGAGCUGAGUCGACUCCGAGCCCAGAUUGCCAAGAUAGUCGCUGCAGAUUCAGAUUCGAAUCCCAUCACGCCUGACCUGCUGUCCCCUGACGACACUAGCGUGGGCUUCUCCAUGGCUCCCUUUGAGACAGCGGCUUACCAGCCUGCCCCCACAGCCUCUUUUGUCAUCAGUGAUGUCACAGAGGAGGAAGAGGAGGAGGAGGAAGUAGAAGAGGAGGAAGAUGAGGAGGUAUCAGAGCUGGUGCCUGAUCCCAUGCCACCAGUCUCCAUGACGGCAUCUGCAACUUUUGACCUUGAUCGUCCUACUAUGGACUUCCGGGAGCCAGAGGAAGACACUCUGUCUCUAUCAAAGUCAACAAGCUUUGCUGAUGUCAUGGACAUCCUGAAAGACAUGAACCGCAUGAAGAUGAGCAAGGACAGAUAUAACCGUGGGUGCACCUCACUGAGAGAGGAAGACUCUGCCUCACUUAUAUCUGAAGCAUUGAGGAAAAAAUUUGUUCUGAAAGAUGAUGACAUCAGCAUGAGGAAAUAAUCUAGCAACCUCUUCAUGCCUGUGCCUGUGGACUGUUGCCAUGGAAACCCCUUACUGCCUCCAAAUAAACCAUGAAGAUCUCUUAGAGCUCCCACAAUGCCGCUUUGUGACAUGGCUGGAAGGAAGAGAAGCAGCUCUCCUUGGCUCUUUUCAACAGACAUACACACACUCCAGCUGGCACUGAACGGCCAAUUGGGCCAUGUGUAUGCUUUUGUACUGUCUGAGUGUGAGUGUGUUUGCAUAUAUAAGGGUCCAUAAGGAUAGUCCUUUAAGGGGUCGUUCACACUGAACGUAUUUUUGUGGUUGUCUGUGAUUGUUUUUUUAAAUUAUCUAUGUAAACUUGCUAGAUAAACAUCUUUUACUGUUAUGCCAUGUCUUAGCAUCUCUGGCAGGAACGUCACAUUUUUAAGACAGUGUCAAGUAAAAAAAAACAUUGACUUGUAGAAACAUGCCUCGAGACACCUGCUGUUCUGUUACAUUCAUUGCGCUUCAUCUAGCAAGAACACGUUCAGUCUGAAGGCCCCUCACUCAGCACAUCAGUGAUCUUUGUUGCUCCAUCAUAGAUUUUGUGAAAUCCAAACACUACUUUUGUUAGUUGGAACAGGACAGUAACAUCUACAAUGACGGUUUAGGAAGAUCCCAUCCUUUUCAAUGUUGCUCCUUUGAACAAGUGUGCCGUAGAAAUUUCACAACAAUAUUAUUCAAACCAUGAAACCACAGAAGAUUCAUGGAGGAGCCCAGGUUGUUGUUUUGUAGAUCUGUAGUUUGGAGCUGUAGAAGUGUCUCUCUUGCCUUACACUUUCCCUCAUACAACCCUGUAAUACUUGAAGCUGUUUUUGAUGAGUGAGCUGAUGUUACAAAACUUGUAUGCGGUUACAUUUGCCUCCGUUUAGAGACUAAACAAGUAAAAGACAUUCUUCUAUUUAAAGGGUUUUUGUGUGUGUGCAUGUGCACUGAGGACUUUAGAUUGCAUUCUAUUGUAAUUAGUGUUCUGUAAUGUUACUCUUCCCCUACAGACUUCUGCAGUGCCACAAGACUGAUGUAGUUCAGAAAAUGGUGUACAAUAAGUUUGAAUUUAUAACGUGUGUGGUGGAAUUUAUCUCGAGGAAAUACAGGAAAAACAAAAACAUUUUGGGAUUUUGCUAGUGAACAUAAAAAUUAUAAAUGUCUCUGUAAAGUCUGAAUAGCAUGUGUGAUGUUGCACUGGGUGUGACUAUAGCCAGUUUUGAGGAAGUUUUAUAAGAUGAUAAUUAUGAAGGAUGCAUUUUUUCCUUUUGCAAAGUGUAACAGAAAGCUGUUUUAAUGCAUACACUGCUUGUAUGCCACGAUCACUCACUGAAGUGGGAAUCAAACACAAAAUAUGCUUGUUAUUUGUUUCACAUACUUAUUAUCACAGCCUUUGUCCAUGUGGCGGACACGUGCAUUUUUAUUAUAAAAAAUGUUUGGCCUUUAUAUUCAUUGCAGUGUCAAACUCUUAGUCUCCAGACUCUACAAUUCUUUAGCAGUGGUCCUCCUUUCAAUACUUCUUGUAGUUACCUUACCUAAUUUACAGUGACAUCUAGCUUAAAUUCAUUUCCUGAAAUUCAGUAGCUCAAUAGUUUACAGUACAAAGACAAAUGUCUUUAUAUCAGAGUUAUAUUCAUAGAAGAAUACAAGAAAUCUUUAUUAAUGUGAUCUUCAAAGAUAAAGGGUGCUUAGAUCUGUAAUGUGAAGUGUAUGCACUGAACAUACUAAUGUGUUCCUGUACCUGUCAUUAACGGGUAAAAUGUGUGUGCUGCAUUUUCAUUCUGACUGUUGGGUGUCAUCUAUAGUUUUAACUACAGUAAGCACUUAAGGCUUGUUUUGGAUAAGGUCAAUCUUGCAAUUCCAUGGUUUCUUUUGGAAGACGCAUUCUUAUGUACUGAGUGUUUGCUUUUUGUGAAAUAAGUGAAUUAUAAAUCUGCCUGUUGUUUGUGUGUAAGAUGGGAAAUAAAUAGUUGA